UACACGACGAUAAUGUCUAGGGCACAACAAUGCAUGUGUACAUUUAUCAGGAAAAUUAAAGGCUUUUAUAAUGAUGCUCUAAUUUUUUUUAAGUUGACUAAGUGAUAGUUUCAAGUUAAUUAAUAGUGAAACAACGAUGUUAUAUAUUGUUAGGUUGUUACAUUCAUAACCUAUGUGUUUGGAUGAAAAUAAAUAAAAAAAAAAAACCAUAACAUUUCAAGGACUACCUAGUGUGGCUAACGAACCGAAACGACACACAUACACAAGCGUGACACGGUACAGUUUUAGGUUAGGUUGACACAGUGGAUAUGGAUACACAUGCAGUGUUUGUGUUUCUUGACCAUUCAAAAGUUAGAAGAAUAUAUAACAGAUUUUGUCAGCAUCAAACUAGAACACUAGAAGGACGCUCCGGUACAGUUUGAGAAGUUUUGUUACUUAAUAAAGAUGGACCUGGACGAAUUCAACAUCUACAUCAUCAACCACUGGAUGCUGAUCCCAGUGGUGCCGAUCAUCCUCCUCUUGUCGUUUCUGGAGAGAAGAAAAAGUUUCCGCCGUGACGUGUGCGAUGGCCGGCCUGGCCUCAUUAUACCUUUCUCUUUCCUGGAUGGAUUUGAUAACCGGACGGCCUACGCCAUGGCUUUCGGCACCAUCACCAGCACGCUAGUGUCUCUGGUCACCUCCCAGAAGACGCUGGGGUUUGACCUUCCGCUGUGGGGUCAAGCGCUGUACGUGUAUCUUCAGGCGUUCAUGGGCUGCCUCACCUGUUUUCCCCUAUUCGCUUGUCUCACUACUAAGUAUCGGGCCCUGGGAGCCAUAAUUUGUAUUCUGUACUCCGCUGUUUGGCUGUCUCUCAACGUUGUACAAACGGUCAAACAGGUUCAAGACAUCGACAAUGCAACUUUCUGGUUUGGUGCUCCGCCCAACACAAUAACGACCAAUCUGUCUAAGGCUAACGCUGUGCUACAAGGUCUGCCUAGUAUAUGCUGCUACCUUGUUCUUAUUGGAUACUGUUGCUACAUUCUACAGAGAUGUUUUCGUACGAAACUUUUCCUAAACAAACACCUCACUGUGACAGUCAAACCGCACCAAGAGGAACAUGUACGUUGGGUGUUUAGGAAAAACAAAAUCAAGACCACUACGUUUAGUGGACAGAAGACAUUUACAGAACAAAUGAGAGAAGAUCGGAAGCUCAAGUUAUUUAAAAACUACAACUUCUUUAAGUACCCGACUCGGAUUUUCGCAUUAGUUUUCGUCCAGUUGAAUAUCGUGUACUGGAUGGGUAUGCUACUUAUUUCCGGAACUAUUCAAGCCUUGUACGCCUUUUUCCUGAUGGUGAUGAAGAGGACAGAAAUUACUAGACAGGAUCGAGAACAAGUCGCGCUAGUCUGCAUCUGUGGCGCUGUUGCUUUGCUCGUCUCUAUAUGUAACUCUUUGGUGCACAUCUUCCUCGCCACGAGAAACUACCGCUACCACAUGCUGAAAAUUUACCAAGGGGACAAGUCGUUUUUACCAAAGGUCAGGGGGUCAACGCAGUACAUUCUGACUAGCAGCAUGAUCUACCCAGGUUACCAAGCAGCUUUCAUGAUGUGGGGACUGGUUUUGAGCUUCGGGUUUGUUCUCCUGAUCACGCUUGCAGUCGUGGAGCCUGUCUAUCUCUUAGCCCAGUAUGACAUGCUAGGGCAGGCCGCUGAGCAACUGGGGGAACUUCUGAGUUUCCCAGCCACCAUGCUGGUCCUGUUCUACCUGCAGGUCUACAUCUGUAAACGACUUCUCCUUCAGGAUAAGAUCAAAGACUCUGAUACCCAACGUCCGCUUAACGUUAACAACCGGAAGUGCUACGAGUUGGUGAACUACUAUUCCUUGUUUACAAAUAUGGCUGUGGGGCUGUUUACAUGCCUGCUGCGCAUCGCGUUAAGUGCGGUAUUUGGAAUAUUCUCAGUCGAUCGCCUGGACAAGAGUGUGUUCACUCGAGACAAGGAGAGGUUUGACAACGGCUACAGGGCCUACGUAGCCAUGCUGAUGGUGGACAAUGCCCACAACAAUCCCAGCAUGCGUGUUUUUGCGCAUCUACUUUGGUCAAAGACCUUGUCAGUUCGCUUCAAAAACAAGCACUCUGAAACAUCCAGCACUGACUCAACGCUCUUAUCGUCACCGGAAGCAGGCCCAAAUUUUCCCUCCUACGGCACAACAACUUCGCUCAUCGAAGAGCCCGCAGAAAAUCAGUGGACGCUUUAUGAAGUCAGGGAAUUUGUGGUGUCUAAAAAAUCAAGAACCCGUUGGUUUUUGGCUUUUACACUUAUCAACAAUCCACAGCUUUGCAGACUUCGUAAAAAAUAUCUGCACCCCGAGUCAGAAGACAGUAGUCUGAUAGAUCUGACAGUUGAAAAUCCACAACAAACUGAAGAUUCCUCUUUUUCCUGAUACCUGAAUAUUACCUAACAUUGGUCCAUCAUCUAAUCUCAUAACUAUACUACAUUAUAGACAUUUUUGUUUUUAAAGUGAAGAUAGCAAGAAUUAACCACUAUACAUUUGUAUAUCUUAUGUGUAAAAUAAAAAUAGUUAACAUGAAUCAUGAAGUUACUCAAUUUUUUCAAGGUUUAUUAACCACUAUACAUUUGUAUAUCUUAUGUGUAAAAUAAAAUUAGUUAACAUGAA